AAUCAUGGCAAAUUAUUGUACCGUCGUCGUCACUUUAUUAAUUCUCGUUAGUUUGCCGAAAAUUUACACUAGUGAAAUAAGCAAGAUAAUAUUUAACACGAAUGGAUAUGAAACUUAUAGUUUUGAAUAUGAAACAUCAGAUGGUGCAUAUAGAAGAGAAGAUGGUGGUCUGAACUCUAACACUAAAGGGCUUGUAGUUCGCGGCGAGUAUGGAUAUGUAGAUAGUGGGGGACACCAUUACUCUGUCCGCUAUGUGGCUGACGUGAAUGGAUUCCAACCUCAAAUUUAUACGGACGAUACAAGAUAUAAUGACAGAAGAAUUAUUUAAUAAUAAAAAUUAUUAUUAUUUUGUUUAUUACUAGUUUAUUUGUAAAAUAUGUAAAAUGGAAAAAUUCUGCU